GCCAUUAUGUUGGGUAGUACUAUUUUUCAAAUACGGGCCUGCCGACUGGGACUUGGUAAGAAAUAGAUCGGGCUACUAUCUUAUUCAAGCUAGGGUUCAUCGACUCUAAGAAGCCUGACGGUGAUGAUGACGUUGAUUAGUAGGAGUUCGCUAAUCCCGACGGGGGUGAGCCUGUUUGGUGCCAUCGGCGGCGCGGCGACGGCUAUAGUAGCAAUGACGCUAAGAGACGAAAAAGAUAUGCUGCCGCUACGGCCACCACUGGAAUGCCACUGGCGUAACGACACGAUUGAGCCUAAAAGAAUACUGGCAAGGCCGCCCGUGAAAAAAGAAGUGCCAAAAACAUACAGCACUAGGGAUUCGCUGGUGGCCACCCACCCAACUACUAGUCUAGCGGUCAGAAGCCUUGUCUCUGAGACUCAAAGUGGCCGAAAAUGAGGGUAUACAGGAGUCGAAAAUGGGGCUCCAGAAGUGCACCGAAUAAAAAUGCGGCGUCUUAUCUCUUAUCUUGAUUAAAACGGAUU